CAACUCCUCUGCUUCUUCUUCUUCUUGCUCUCCGGCAGCAAAGCAAAACGAGCUAGCUCCACCUCAUCAAGCCAAGAAACCUCACACCUCCUUUCCCACGAUCCCACUUAAGAGUAAAUCCUUCUAAAAAUGGGCAGCUUGGACGCCAACCCAAUGUCCUUCUCCGCCUUCCCUGACGACAAGGCCGCGUUCGAGCCGCUCAACCCCCAAGAUGUUCGUGCAUACCUCCACAAGGCAGUGGACUUCAUCUCCGACUACUACACCAACGUCGAGUCCAUGCCCGUUCUCCCUAACGUGAAGCCGGGAUACCUCCAAGACGAGCUCAGCGCGUCCCCACCGACCUACUCCGCUCCGUUCGAUGUCACUAUGAAGGAGCUCAGGACGUCCGUCGUCCCCGGCAUGACGCACUGGGCUAGCCCAAACUUCUUUGCCUUCUUCCCCUCAACCAACAGCGCCGCUGCCAUCGCCGGUGACCUCAUCGCAUCUGCCAUGAACACCGUUGGAUUCACAUGGCAGGCCUCCCCCGCGGCCACUGAGAUGGAGGUUCUCGCUCUCGACUGGCUUGCACAGCUUUUGCGCCUACCCACCACCUUCAUGAACCGCACCAGCACUGGUCGUGGCACCGGCGGUGGCGUCAUCCUUGGCACGACCAGUGAGGCAAUGCUUGUCACGCUAGUCGCCGCCCGUGACGCGGCGCUGCGUCGGAGCGGCUCGAUCGGCGUGUCACACCUGCCACGCCUGGCUGUCUACGCCGCCGACCAAACGCACUCCACAUUCUUCAAGGCAUGCCGCCUGGCUGGCUUCGACCCUGCCAACAUCCGCUCCAUUCCCACGGGGCCGGAAACUAACUACGGGCUUGACCCAGCUAAGCUUCUCGAGGCAAUGCAAGCUGAUGUUGACGCCGGUCUCGUGCCAACAUAUGUCUGCGCCACGGUCGGCACCACAUCUUCCAACGCUGUCGACCCAGUGGGCGCCAUUGCCGACGUUGCCGCCAUGUUCAAUGCAUGGGUCCAUGUCGAUGCUGCCUAUGCUGGCAGUGCUUGUAUCUGCCCGGAGUUUCGACAUCAUCUUGACGGAGUCGAGCGCGUGGACUCCAUUAGCAUGAGCCCACAUAAGUGGCUUCUCACGUGCCUCGAUUGCACAUGCCUCUACGUUCGCGAUGCUCACCGAUUGAGUGACUCAUUGGAGACCAACCCGGAGUACCUCAAGAACGAUGCUACUGAUUCCGGUGAGGUCACCGAUCUUAAGGACAUGCAGGUCGGCGUCGGUCGGCGCUUCCGUGGGCUCAAGCUUUGGAUGGUCAUGCGCACCUAUGGUACCGCAAAGCUUCAAGAACACAUCCGUAGUGAUGUUGCCAUGGCUAAGAUGUUUGAAGAUUUUGUCUGUGCCGACAACAGGUUUGAGGUGGUCGUACCGAGGAACUUUGCUCUUGUGUGCUUUAGGAUCAAGCCAAAUGGAGCCAUGACGGAAGAGGACGCCGACGAGGCCAACCGUGUGCUAAUGGAGAAUCUGAACAAAACGGGCAAGGCAUAUCUUGCGCACACGGUGGUCGGUGACAGGUUCGUGCUCCGGUUUGCGGUUGGCUCGUCGCUGCAGGAGGAGAGGCAUGUGAGGAGUGCAUGGGACCUCAUCAAGAAGACUGCGAGCAGCAUAAUGGAUUGAUUGGAUGGACAUACAGACACAAAAAGUUCCAGGAGCUGCACAAAUCCCUAUAUUUAGGACACGGAUAUUCUUUUAAAUUUGUAUUUUGUUUCUCUUUUACUUUGAUUCUGAUUAUUAUUUACUUGGUUAUAUAUAGCAGGCUUAUACAAAACAAAAGAUGAUCAUAGACUAGAAAAGGGCUUAUAUUGAAUGAACAAAAGAUGUUGUUUUUAUAUGUUACUGCAUUGUCGUAGCGAGUGAGGAAUGCAAGCCCACACAGGUCGAUUAAUCAAGAAAUAUAUA